GAACCACCACAGAAGAAGAAUAUUAGCAUUAGCUUAGUGGCUUCAGCGAUGGGGCGACUAAGUAGUUUAAAACACAAACCGUGUGGAUUAUUUUUAUCGGUUUGGGUGUUUUUAUAUGACUUUUGAGACAUUUAAAUUUAAGUUGUAACCGAUGAUAAAGUACGCUGGAGCUACAUUAGUGAAUAAUCUACUAAUUGUGAGCAGGCGCGCGUCGAGUAGCUUCCUCUCAUUGUUAUUGAAAACUGUUGUGUUAGUUUUGCUUUUUAAAGAGGCGUCGUUUUGUGACGGACAAGAAUGCCUCUAGGUUUGAAACCGUGCUGCUUCGUCUGCAAGACGAACUCUUCCUCGAUGUGGAAGAAGGGAAACCAGGGUGAAAUACUGUGCAACAACUGCACAGGGAAGAGCAGCUGCAGCGGAGGAGCUUCAGGACCCCCCGUCCCAUCCAGCCUGCCGCCCAGCAACGGAGGGGGAAAGCAGUCCAAACAGGAGAUACACAGGAGGUCUGCACGGCUCAGAAGCACCAAGUACAAAGCCCCUGCCUCUGAGAAAAAAGUUUCAACAAAAGGAAAAGGGAGAAGACACAUAUUUAAACUUAAAAACCCCAUCAAAGCACCAGAAUCUGUAGCAACAAUCAUCACAUCAGAAUCUAUAUUUUAUAAGGGUGUCUAUUACCAGGUAGGUGAUGUGAUCAAGGUGAUAGAUGAGGAGGAUGGGAAGUCAUACUACGCUCAGAUCCGAGGAUUUGUGCAAGACCAGUACUGUGAGAAGAGUGCAGCGCUAACGUGGCUCAUUCCCACUCGGGCCAGCCCAAACGAUCAGUUUGAUCCUGGAACGUACAUUGUUGGUCCAGAGGAGGAUCUUCCCAGAAAGAUGGAGUAUCUGGAGUUUGUGUGUCACGCCCCAUCGGAGUACUUUAAGUCCCAGAGCUCCCCGUUCCCCACCAUACCCGUUUGUCCUGAAAAAGGCUACAUCUGGACUCACAUAGGACCCACACCAGCACUCACUGUCAAAGAGUCUGUCAGCAGCGCCAGUUAACAGACCUCUGAUAUGAACUUAUUCUGUUGUAUUGAAACAAGUGAAUGUACAUUUAUGUGUUAUAAAGAAAACAGUUGUAAACUGCAGCUAUUACUCAAGUUUAAAGGCA